UUGCGUCAUCAACACGCAUGUCAAAGGGUGUCAGAGCCGCUAGGAAGAAGCACAUGGCCGCUGAAUGAGGUCAAAUUCCUUUCAUUUUCUUCAAUUUUAGUGCUCUGUUUACGGAAUUUUAUCUUUUGGCAUAUAAAAACUAAUGAAGUAAUCAUUUAACUUUGGAAAUAAGGUAGCAAAUAUGGGAAUUAAAUCUCUGCAAGAUUAUAUUGAGACGCACUGCUCUAGUGCCUGUGUGUCAGUUGAUUUGCUGAAAAUAUCUAGGGGUUUUGUACCAAAAAGGCGUGGCAGGUAUCCAGGUUCAUCCAAAUUCUGCCUUGUUGUAGAUGCAGAGAGCUGUUUAGAUCGUCUCUAUGGCGGCUACUUUUCAGACUGGGUAUGUGGGGGUCAAUGGAAUAGGAUGACAUCUUAUUUAAACAGCUUAAUCCAGGCUUGUCAAACAGCUAACAUGGAACUGGUAGUCUUCUUCAAUGGGUCUUUGGAGAGUCAAAAAAUGAAUGAUUGGUUUGCAAGUCAGAGUAUGGAGAAGAAGAAGGUACAGUCCAUCCUGAGACAUGUCAACAACAAAGGAACACCACCUCCCAAAAUUUGGUGGAUCCCACCAGUGUUCCUACAUGGUGCACUUAGAAUGGCAUUGCGACAGCUAGGUGUUACCGUUGCAUGCUCUAUGGAUGACCAUGAGCAAGAGGUUAUUGGUUAUUGCAGAGAACAUGGGCUUCAAGGAAUCCUUGCACAGGAUGCAGUAUACACAAUAUUUGAUCCACCACGCUAUUUUUCAUCACACAACCUGAAACUGACCUAUAAAGGUUCUCUAGAAACCAAAGAAUACAUCAUGGAUGAAAUUGCAAAAAAUCUUAACCUGAACCCAAACAGAUUCUGCAUAUUUGCAGCAUUAUUGGGAAAUCACAUCUUACCAGAUGCAGACUUGUAUGACUUCUACAGAAAUUUGCUAAACACCACACAGCCAGAUGGGGGACAACCAAUUAAGUUUACUCCAGAGAAUUGUAUUGAAGCAGCUGUAAAAUUUGUUCGUAAUUUAGCUUCAGUAGAUAACUUGGAUACUGUUGGAGAACAAAUUUUCAGGAAGAAGACAGAAUUGAUUGCAAAGUUUAAGCAGUGUGUUCAAUAUUACCUGAAUGGUACACAAGAUGGCUUUCUCAAGUACAGACCACCACAAAACAUUUCAGGCAUGCCAAGACAAAGUGGUUAUCCUGUACAACAUACUGUCCAAACAAGAGCACCAGGACAGGAGGGACAAGGAUAUGCAGCCGACCAAGGACCUGCCCCACAGAUUGUUGUUGACCCUCCAAACCAACAGAACUUGAACAGCAUGCAGUCAGGUUGGUCUACUGAUAAACCUAAUGAGAAAGGAGAUGCAGGUAUUCCAUUAAAACCAGAGAUGUUAGCUGCCGCCGCUUCCUCUUCUUCCAGCAGCAGUAGUGGAUCCAGCCCCAAUCGUAACAGUCCUGAGGUUGGUUGGCCUCAAACUCCCAAAGUACAGGGGGUUCAGAAACCCCCAACAGGACAACCCUCUGAUUCUAGAAUUCCUCAAGUUCUGCCUGAGAUAAUGAGAGUAGCUAGUGAGAGACAUCAAAAGGGACUGAUGUGUUCUUGGAUUUACCAAUUAUUAUCCCAGGGAGAGAUCAAGAUUGCAGUUACCCUUGAAGAUGACAUCAGUAGAGAGUUACCAACAGGAGUAGAACUGUACAGACCUAUCAGACAAACUGUUUACUCUGUCUUAUUUAACCUCAACAAACAGAAAAUCAUUCAUGAUAACCAAAACAAAGAACAAGCCCCAGAUUUUAAAAAGUUUGAAGUGCCAGUAAAAGAGUGGAUCAUAAGACGUGGAACAACUAAGAUCCAAUGUGAAAUGGUAACAGCUUAUCCAGUAGAUUGGAAAACACCAAGUAUUGAACGUAUGUGGUUAGGAACCAAUGUAGAAGAUAAAACAAGGAGAUUGAGGGCAUUCCUUACCUGUAUGGAGAGUGACACUCCUCUGAUGCUGAACACACAAUAUGUACCUCAACAGCUCUUGUUGUUAUGUUGUGUUUUAAGGUUUAUAUUGACAAGAGGAAGAAUUUUACAGAGACAAGAAUUAGAUGCUUUCCUUGCCAUGAGUGUUUCUCCAUUAUUACAUGAUGUACAAACCAUGCAGGAUCUCAAGUUGCCAAAUGUGUUGCCAAGAGGAAUCCAUUUAGCUUCAUUGUUUAUGUCAGGAGUGGAGACAGCAGUGUUUGCCAAUGAUGUUUGUGGUGCACCAAUCCCAUGGAAUAUGUGUGCUCCAUGGCAUUACUUUGAUGGCAAACUUUUCCAUUACAAAUUACUCAAAGCCAACAACAACACACCAUUGAUAGAUAUGUGUGAUGGACAGGUUGACCAAGUACUCCGAGUAGAAAGAAUGCGUCAGGCCAUUAUGGAAGGUCUCAAAGUGGAAUUUGCCCGUCCCCUUCUUCCUUCCGCAGCUAUGUCCAUGUAUACCAACUAUCCAUUCAAUCAAUUCGCAAAUCCAAUGGGCAUGACACCUGGUGGUAUGCGAGGUGGCCAUGGAAUGCGUGGGGGACAUGGAGGAAUGGGUGGUGGUCAUGGAAUGAGUGGAGGAGGCCCAGGCAUGCGUCCUGGUAUCCCUGCUGGUAUGGGACAGCAGCCUAAGUCUCCAGGAAGAGGGAGGGGAAUUCUGGGUAAAUAUCAAACUAAAGGACAAUCUCCCAUUGAUGCUCGAGGUGGACAACUUGAAAUUGCUGGAGUAGUUGUUGGAAGUUGGGGAGCCAAUAUACCAGGCAGUAGAGGAGGUAAUGGUGGAAUGGGAUCUAUGUCACCUAGGGUUAUGUCAGUUGGAGGUCAAGGUCAGAGAAGAGGUUAUCCUACAAGGGGAGGAGGUAUGAUGGGUAACAGAGGAGGAGCUGGAAUGAUGGGAAAUCCAAGAGGAGGCAUGAUGGGUAAUCCUAGAGGAGGAAUGAUGGGAAACCGAGGAGGAGGAUUGAUGGGUAAUAGAGGGGGUGGUAUGAUGGGUAAUAGAGGAGGUGGUAUGAUGGGUAGACCACCUCCAUUGAUGGGACGUGGUAUGAUGUUCAGAGAUCCAGGCUUUGGUAGAGAUGGAAUGAGGCCCAGAAUGGGUUAUCCACCUGCUUAUGGAAGAGGAGGGAUGAGAUACCAAGGGAUGAUGUCCCCUGAGCGAGGCUACUACAGAGGACGAGGUGCUAUAAGUGGAAGAGGAGUGAAAAAGAUCCGAGUCAGACCAAGAGUUUACAACAACAACAACAAGAGAGGAGGUAAACCAUCAGGUGGAAGAGGACGAGGGGUUACUGUGGAAUCCGAUGGAGAGACUGAUAGCAUUACGAUUGCUGUAAAUGGUGAUAACAACAAAAUAAAUGGUGUGUAUGAUGAUGCUGAAGAAGUGACCACACCUACUGCCAAAGGAUUACCCGAGGGCAUUCAGAGCCCAGAUAGUGGCAUUCAUGGUGACAAAUCCUCAACAGAUAUCACUGCCUGAUUAUUAUACUAUUGACUGUUCAAAUGUUUGUGGAAUUUAAGUGUUACUGAUGAAAAUUAUGGACUUGUUAUUAUGUUAUAGUUUCUCGAGGCCAGUUCUUAUUUAUUUCUUUUUGUACGUUUUAAUUUCUGUAACUUUUCAUUACUUAUUUUCAAAUGUUCCAGCAACCGAUGGAAAAGGUAGACACUUAGUUAUUAUGACUUUCUGUCAUUAAGCUUGUGCCGUUUAGCACUGAUAGUUAUUUGAUGAAGUUUUAUCAAAACUGCUAUUGAACUCACAAAAAAAAUUGUUGAAUUAUUUGUUUCAAAUAUUAGAUUCAUUUCAUUUUGAAUUGACAAAUGGUUGAUUUUGAAUUGGUUAUUUUGAUACUGGAAACAAUAAUUAUGUUUUUGUAUUAUUUGUCUUUCUACUUUUAAAAAAUUGGUAACACUUAUUUUCAUUAUUAUAGUACUAAGUUAACUCUCAAUUAGAAUGCACUUGCCUAAGAAAUUUCUCUCUAUUUUUCUUGUUUUUUGUUAAAUUUUUUCAUAUAUUUACAUUUUUAUAAUGAACAAGUGCUUUCUAAUUGAACAUAUAUAUUGUUAUAGUGGAUGUUGAUUUCGAUCAAAUUUAUGAAAUUUCCCUAAAUCAGCAUUCAAGUAACAUGUUGAAGACGAUAUUGUCAGAUCAGCUCUUUAAGUCUUUCAGUAAUUUUUGCCUUUUUAUCGCAAAAAAAAAAAUGUGCUGUGAACAGUCUCUUCAUCAACAUGUUCAAAGUUUGAAUGAUAUUUGCAAUAACUGUUUUUCAAAUGUCAUUCAAACCGAUUCUUUUUUGUUAUGGCAUGUUUACUUUUGUAGCAUUGCCUUGUUGCAUUUAUACAUAUAUUUUUUUUUCAAUUGUUGUCUAUUGACAACGCCAGUCCUCGGGACUAAAAUGCCACAGGAAACAAACGCAGUCAUGUUAAAGAUUGUUUGAAGUGAUCCUGCAUUUGUAUGCAUGUGAUGAAUGUUUUUGUCAGCCAAAAUUGUGUUUUUUGACUGCAUUUUACAAAGAAGAUAUUUUUGUAAUUUCAUAUAUUUUUUAUGGAAACAGUCUGAAUGGAGAUCGUUGAAAGACUUGAAAAAGGGAUAUUGAAAGAUUGUUUUAGAAUUUCAAAGUAAUGAUUAAUAAUAAUACUUUAUAAAAUUUUGAAGAUAAAAUUUCCCAUAAUUUCAAACAUUGUUGUUGGGUAUAAAAAAUCUUAAAUGGAUGUUAAAUCAGAUGAAAUAAAGCAAGCUAGAAUUUUUAAUUAAUUCACUUAAAUAUCUUCCUUGAGUAUUUAGUAGGGAAAAUGCAUCACAUUGUAAAAAGAGUAAAAAUGCUGUAAGGUACUAAAUGUAAUUUGAUAUAACUUCAAGACUGAUAUAUAAUUUAAAAGUUUCAAGUUGAAUAUCUUAAGAAUGGAGAUCCUUUUGCAUCAAUUGGAGCACAACUGUUUAUUUGUGCUAUAUAAAACCUAUUGUAAUCGAGAAUUGAUGCAUAGUGAAAAAGUUUAGGUUUAAAACGGGAGGUUGUAUCCUUAAUUGGGUUGAGUUUGUUCCUAAUGGCUAUUUAAUAUGACUAGGUAAAAAAAAUACAAGUAACGCAAUAUUACGACAAAAAAGAAUAUGUAAAAAAAAAUGUCAAGAUUGCAUAUUUGAUAACUAAGAGGAAGUUGGUCAGAAAAAGAUUUUUACUUCUCGUCUUAAAAAGUUUGUAAAUUGAAAAACUGAUCAUUCAUGAAAAUGAUGUGAAAAAGAUAUUGAUCAGAGUGGGCGGUAAAUGGAAAACAAUCAUUCUCAGUUUAUUUUGCCUUUGAUAAAGCACACACAUGAUUUCAAGACAAAGGCAGAAUACUCUGAUGAAUUGGUAUUUGCUGUUGCCCAUUAAAAAAAGUUUUUUUCGAAAUCCAGUUUCCUAAUGGAUUGGUAUCAAGACACUAACAAGGGUUGGUCAUGCCCGUUAGUCUUGACUUUGUAUAGUUUUUGGGGACAUAAUUGUCCUCUUUUAUUUCUUUGUAUUAAAUUUUGAUGAACUAUAUUUGUAAUGAUAUGAAGUUAAAACAUAUUCCUCAUUGUAUAAAUGAUGAUUAAAAUCUAUAAAUAGAUAAUAUAAAUAUUUUAGCAUUUCCCAUUUAUAAAAUGUUUGCAUGAAAUUUUUGGAGGAAAUGCCACAUGAAGCUAGAAAUUUGGCAUGGCACUUUUUGGUAGCAUAUUGUUUUGAAUAUUUUUCUAAAGAAUGAUGAAAGAGAUUAUUUAAUCAACUGGUCGGCUCAAUUUCUAGCUUCUUUUUAAUGGUUUCUUUUUCACAUGUUUGAAUAUUGAAAUUUUUUUGGUUCGUUUUUAAUGGCUUGCUUAAACAUGGACACAUUUCCAUGUUGAUUUAUUAUGCUUAGGAACAAGGUACCUCAGGAAUAAAGCAAUGUUUCAGAAUGGAGAGUUGAGGAAAAUAAGGGUCAUUGACCACUGGGCAGGUGUAUUCCUGAGGUAUAAAAAGUCCUUAAAUAGGAAGAAACAAAAAAAAAAACAAUUCCAUUAUUCUCAUUAAGGUAUCCCCCUAUUCAUUGUUUAUAUUAAUCUUUAAAAUGGCUCUUUAUAAAGUCAUGAUCAUGUAUUUCACUAGAAUUUGGUUUAUUAUUAUAAUACAUGUUAUAUUAAUAGCUUGUUCAAUUAUCUUGUGUACAUUUAAGUAGGGAUGUACCUGUUUAUUCAGUAACUUACUCUUAAAUCCAAAAUGUAAUAGGAAAAAAGGUUUGAACUGAAUAUUCUUCUUGCAUAAAUUAUCAAAACAUUUUGAAUCCAUCAACUCAAAAUCAAAUGUUCAGCAAGAUAAGAAUUGUUAUUACAAAAUAAAUGUUAUAUAAAUACAUAAUGUUAUUGGUAGAGAUAAAUUAUUUUUUUGAUUUUAAGGUAUUUUGAGUAAGUUGCUGAAUAAACAGUGAAACAUAAUAUUUUUCUGUGGAAAAUAAACUUGCAAAUAUGAUAAGAGUUUAGAAUGGAAAGAGCCAUAUACAAUGUAUGUUCUGUAGUUUGUGAGAGGUAAUCUGGACAGAUUGAUGGUUUAGAUCUUGUAUGAAAAGGGAUGGAACUAUCACCUACCCAGACUUAUCUGUCCUAUUACAAACAAGUAAAAACAUAACUACCAAGAACACUAAUUCUCACCAUUGUAUAUCUUGACAAACUGACUUGUAUGGGUUAAAAUGGAGAUGUCUUGGGAUCAGUGUAAAGCAAUAUAUUGUCCACAUUUUGUAAUGUGAAGGUUGAUAAAGGUCAUUCGUCAGUUAUAAAGACUUGGAUAGAUUAGUGUACUUGUUUGGUUAAGGUUUUUCAAGAGCUCUUUAUAAAAAAAAAAUAAUGAAAUGAUAAAGUGAACUACUCAAAGAGGAACACAACUAAAAAUGGUCAAGAAACUAAAUAUUGCAGUUGUUUUUCCAUAUUAAUUGUAAAUAUUUUUGAUUUGGAAGUUUUGAAAUACUGGAAUUUCUUAACGUAUUCCUAUUAUAUUGAUAUGACUGAUAUCUUUUGACUAUGUAUACUAUCAAAUAUUGUACUUUUGGAAAGCUUACAGUGUUUAGAAUAAUAGUAAUCAAUUAUUGUAUAAUUAGAGUUUGGUGGCUUGUCAAAUGGUUUAUUGCAAAAUAUUCAGUAGGGGAAUGACAUUGAAAAAAGGAUGCACAAUUAUUUUAAGGUUAUGUUCAAUUUUGAGACCAAAAUAUAUAUUGUGGUCACAUCCAACAAUCAUGGAUGUGAUAGAUAUUCAUGAAAUAUUAACUGCUGGAUGCAAAGCUAAAACUACCCUGUCAAUCAAUCCAACAAGCAUGAUACCUUAGGUAAUAUAAAUAUAUAUAUACUUAUUAGUUCAAAGAAAAUGUCAAGUCAUUGUUAAAUGUAUAACUACAUAAAGGUAAUUAGGGAGUUGAUGAAAAAUUACUGAGUAUUUUGUAACAAAAAUUGUCUUGUUCUGUGAAUUAAUCUGUUAAUUGAUUGAAUAUUAUACUUUAAGGUGGGAUUUAAUUAGGACAGAGUUAGCACAAAAGCAUAAAGUAGGGAUAUACUGCUUUACUGAAUAUUGAUUCCCUAUCAUAUUGGCACAAAAAAGUGAUUAAGGAAGAAAAGAUGGUUAUGGUUUUGAUGUUAAGACAUGGACUGCGAGUUUUUGAAUAAAUGUUGUUUUUG